GCGCCGGUCACUCACUUUUGAAAAUUUAAAUUAAAACUUUUUACGGUCGCCAUUUUGUGUUUUUUAAACAUUAAUAUUUUUUUCGGCGACAAUUUUUUUUUGGCUGCGAUAUUAUUUUAAUUUUGUUUCCUUUUAAAGUGUUGCCAUCAUGGGUUUCUUAGAAGAUCGGGAUCUCAGUAAUUUGCCAACGAUUCCUGAAUUUUAUAAAGGGAAAACUAUUUUGAUCACUGGCGGCUCGGGCUUCAUGGGUAAAGUCCUGAUCGAGAAGCUACUCUACUCUUGCUCGGAGCUGGACCGCAUCUACCUGCUGAUGCGGACCAAGAAGGGAGUCAGGUCGGAGGAUCGACUCACUGAGCUGUAUAAUUCACCGUGGUGUUUCGACCGUCUGAAGAAGGAGAUGCCGGAUAUCUUCAUGUCCAAAGUGUCAGUGGUCGCCGGGGACGUCAUGGAGAUCGGACUAGGAGUAAGCGCUGAAGACAGAGCCAUGUUGAUCAACAAAGUAAACAUUAUCUUCCAUGUUGCAGCUAGUGUAAGAUUUGACGACCCACUGAGCUUAGCAGUUAAACUGAACUUGCGAGGCACACGCGAGAUCGUGGAGCUCGCUAAAGAAGUCAAGGACUUAAAAGUGCUAGCGCACGUAUCUACCUCCUACUCCAACACGAACCGCAACCCCGUGGAGGAGGUGAUGUACCCGCCGCACGCGGACUGGAGGCAGACCCUGGAGGUGGCCGAGACCAUGGACGAGCACACGCUGCGGACGUUGACGCCUAAAUAUUUAGGUGAAAUACCAAAUACGUAUACCUUCACGAAGCAACUAGCAGAGCACGUGGUUUAUGAGCAACGAGGACGGUUACCCAUAGUAAUUAUUAGGCCUUCUAUUGUAAUCAGUAGUCUGUCGGAGCCGUUACCAGGGUGGAUAGAAAACUUCAACGGCCCAGUUGGUAUUCUCGUAGCAUGUGGAAAAGGGAUCAUGCGGAGCAUCUACACAGACCCUGAUCUAGUGUCGGACUACAUCCCAGUAGAUAUUGCCAUCAAGAACUUCAUCGCUGCUUCGUGGCUACGUGGAACGAAGAAACUGGAACCAACAGACGACAUUGAGAUUUACAAUUGCUGUGCUGGAGAUCUCAACCAUAUAAAAAUGGGUGAAUUAGUUGAUAUUGGCAAGAGACUGGCCGUGGCGUAUCCAUUGAACGACAUGCUGUGGAAUGUUGGUGGCGAUCUAACUACCUCUAAAACAAUCCAUUACAUUAAGGUCAUUUUAUUCCACUUGUUGCCAGCGAUCUUCGUUGAUGCUGUCCUAUGGCUGCUUGGAAAGAAACCAAUGUUGAUCAAAGUCCAACGCCGCAUAUACAUUGCCAACCUGGCCCUCCAGUACUACAUCACACAGCAAUGGAGCUUCACCAAUACGAAUUUCGUCGCAUUACGAGAAUGUAUAAAAAAGGAAGACAAAGAUAAGUUUUACUAUGACGUUGAGGGCGUAGAUGUGUACGAAUAUUUUAAGAAAUCCGUCGAGGGCGGCCGAAGAUAUUUACUCAAGGAGAAAGAUGAAGAUUUGCCGAAGGCUAGGGCGCAUUAUGCAAGGGUCGUCAUCCUCGACAAACUGACGAAGUGUAUUUUCUACGGAUACCUGUUCUGGUGGAUAUUGAACUCACACUGGUUCCAGAGCUGUCUACUGAGUCUGAAGGAGACUUUCGUUUUUUAGAAGGAAUAUUAGAAUAUUUCAAUUUUUAAAUAAAUGAUAACAAUAAUUGCCGUAUAUUUUCUAGACUACAAUGUCGUUUUGCAUUUUUUUGCAUAAAUUAAAUGGAUUUUAUGCCCUAGAUCAAUUUUAAGGAGAGCUUAGAGUAAAUUAAAAUCUUUACUUAUAUUAUUAUCAUAAUUUUCGUUUAUUAUUUGUACAAUUAAUUACAAUAGAAAAUAAGUAAUACACAUGUUGUUUUACAUUAAAAUACUUUAUAAAUUUUGGUAUAGAAUUAUUUAAUGCUGAUGAUAUGUCCGCAGGUUAAAAAAAAACUUGCAUGAUCAUGUAACAAUGAUGAUGUCGAUUAUGUAGUCACAAAUUCAAAUUUUAGAGCUGUCAAAUCCCCAAUUUCUUUGUUUAAAAUUUGACUCUAUAAGGGUUUCCGUAAACAAUUUUUCCACCGGCAAAAUUAAUAUUUUGACAUCGCUAAAAUUAAAUUUUGUGCCUUCAGAAUCGAAAUCAAUAUUAUACAUAGGUAUAUUUGAAAACACCUGUUUUCAUGACUUUAUUUAAUCUCAGUUCCAGAUCAUUCUUGCUACCCAAGAGAGGUCAGGUUUCUAUGGCCCAUACUGUACAUUACAGUAAC